ACUACUCGGCAGCACAUCUCACUUUGUAAUUACCUUCGUGUCGAAAAGUAGUAGUUUUCCAAUUAGAGCUUGCCGGCUACAGCUUAUUUGCUCUAUACCUACAUUUGUUUUAGCGCGUUUGGUCGUUGCUAUUGUUAUUUUCCUCCAACUCUCAAAAAAUGAGACUCGGUUACAACAGACGUGCGGCAAACAGAGCUGCAGGAACCAGAAAAACUCGGAGCAUAAAGUACCCCCAUCCUCGAAACCUUACACUGCUUUUCAAGGAGGGUGUAGAGGAAGGAGAGGCAUCUGCAGAUCCCUUUACAAUCGAGCUGAAGAUGUACCUGGAAAUGAAAGGGUUCCCACACAAGAUACAUAUUGUUGAUCCAGAGAAGGGAAAGAAUCUACCAGAAUGGUUUAGAAAAAAUAAUUGGGACGGUGUCCUUCCAAUGACCAAAUACGACAAGGAACAAUACAAACUGGGCUCAGCAGAGACGAUGAUGGCACUGGAGAAGAAGUUCUGUGUUCCCUCAAUGUCUAGCGGUGGUAUGGGAGCUGGCCGAUUUAGAGGUAAAACCGUCAAGAACCUGACUCUAUCGCUGCUGAAAUCAGUGAGACCCUACGACGAUACUAAUCCUGACUGGAAGGACCUCGUGCUGGAGUUCAAAGAGUUGGACCAGUAUUUGGUUCAGUGUCACGGACGAGAAGGAGACUACAUGAAGAGUAAGAAGUUUUCUCUGUGGGACAUCAGGAUGGUACCAGCUCUAUAUAAUCUGGUUACAAUCGCCAACUACUUCAAGCCAGGAUUUGCCCUUCCGGACGAAGUACCCCAUCUGAGAAGCUACCUCCAACACGCUUUCGAAGACCCCGUCUUUAAGAAGUUCUGCCCGACCGUGCGCAAGAUUGUGAGGUACUACGAGCCAAAACUGAACGUGCGAAUAGUCCUUCCAGACGACGUAGUGUAAUCGUCCAGUCCCGUAAAGAGGUCACGUGUUCAUGGCAACGGUGGAUCUGAACCAGCCUGUGUCACGUCACGUGACGUCACACGUGACGUCACGUGACACUGUGAUGACACCUCGUGACAUGACAAGACCCCCACGUGGUUAUUAACGUGGUAUCGUACUGGUCAGUAUCACGGAGAGAGCUCUGAAAGGAUACCAAAUUGGCGAGACAAAUAAUAUUUCGAGUUGGAUUUAUAGUUGGAAUGGUGAAUGUCUCUGCAAACUUGAAUAUGGGAAUGCAUCGUUAGUUGUGUAAAACGGAAUGUGGAUUGUCAGGAUGACAAUGCAAAAUUGUUUUCACGAAUUAAAUUUUUUGAAAACGUAUUAAUAUUUUGCGAUACUUUUAUGAUUGUUUUGAUAAAGUGGGAUUUCCUGGAAAAAAUAACUUAACCAACAAUGAAAUAUAAUAAAUAAAUGCUGUAGAAAUGUCAAUUAUUUUUGGUAACAGAUAGCUUACUAGAAAUACGGCAUAUCUUGACGUGCCCUACUGCAUAUGUUAACCAAAAAUAUAUCUUAUUUUUUAUUCGUAUACAUAUUGACAUUAAAAUGCGUUGAACUGUUAUGGGUAACUUGGAUGCAUGAAGAUGAUAAGGUGGGUGAAUACCUGAAAGCGAAACUAUUUUGUGAGUGUUAACUAGGAAGAUUGUUGCAUGAUGUAUGAUAACUUGGUUUUUUAUUUUAGAAUCCUUGAUUAUAUGAAACCAUGUUUCAAUUACCAAUCUGUACUUAAUUUGCCACAAAUUUUAAUAAACCUUAA